AUGGCCAUGCAAAUCGUCAAAGAACUUGAUAAGUGGUCAGGGGCAAGCAGCGGUGAACGUCAAUGGGCACUCAUGUCCUAUCUCAAAGGAUUCAACACAGAGCCAGCUAGAGGCACAGAUGAGCCUGGACAGUCUCAGAGUGACCCCAAGGCUGCAGGGAAAAGGCAUUGCAAGGAAGUUGAGGACCUCAUCGAGCAGCUUUCCAAAGGAGGGAACAAAGCCAAGUCUGAUGGAGAGGAUGAACAUCUGACCCAAGGAUUGCCUGAUGGAAUCCCUCUAUCCCAGUGGGACCAAAUCCUGCGAGGAGAGUCUGUCAACUUCAACCAAUUCUUUGCCUCAAAACACUUCCCUGAUGGCAAACAGCAAGUUAGGAAUGGCUCAGACUGGUCCGCUGCAUUCAGAAAGGCCAAACGAGCUAUCACUUUCCUCUUUCCCCACUGGCAGGAAGAGCUUGACAAGUACAAGGAACAUAUUGAGGAUCUUUUUGCCACCAAACAGGAUAGCGCCCAUGGAUGA